CCAUUCGCUGCUUCCCGCCGGGCUCAGUCGCGCCGUGAGCGGCCCGCCAUUGGUGCGCUUUCUCCGCCACGUGACCGCGCGUCUCCCGAAUGCCGGCAGGCGCCGCAAAAUGCUCGCCAGCAUUGCUUAGUGGCUUCGGCCAGUCUGUCGUUAACCUCUCUAGCGUCAACAUCAUGUCAGGUCGUGGAAAAGGUGGAAAAGCCAAGGGAAAGAGCAAGACCCGGUCCAGCAGGGCAGGGCUCCAGUUUCCCGUCGGUCGUAUUCAUCGUCUCCUGCGCAAGGGCAACUACGCCGAGCGUGUGGGAGCAGGCGCCCCCGUUUACCUGGCCGCCGUGCUCGAAUACCUCGCUGCUGAAGUGCUCGAGUUGGCGGGCAACGCCGCUCGCGACAACAAGAAGACGAGGAUCAUCCCCCGUCACCUCCAGCUGGCCAUCCGCAACGACGAGGAGUUGAACAAGCUGCUGUCGGGCGUCACCAUCGCGCAGGGUGGCGUGUUGCCCAACAUCCAGGCCGUCCUCCUGCCCAAGAAGACGGAGAAGAAGGCCUAAGCCUACCGGACACCGCGAGGAAGAACACAAAACGGUCCUUUUCAGGACCACCACAUGUUUGUCACGGUGGGCUAGCGCACUGCGAGUAGAAAAAACCCUGAAUCUGC